UCGAUCGAUCCAAGAACACCUGAAGAUUACAGAGCUAGCCUAGGUAGAGUCCGCUCAAUUACUACCAGAGAAUCGAUCUUAUACCGAGUGUCGAAGAACCCUCGGUGACCGACGGCGACGGCAUCGGCGACAAACCGGACGGGCUACGCGGUCUAACCGUUCCGGGCUGGCUGUUUACUUACAGCUUAUCCGCAGCCGGGUGGUACGGGUCCGGGAACGGAUGCUCUGACGUCGACGAAACACAAACCCCGCAGGAGGAAGUGCCCGCCGGCGUACUUAGCCAGCGUACGGUCUGGCUCUCCUUAGAUUCAUGUAACCUACACUCACUCACUGUCCCUUCAAUCAACCAUUUGAUUGCUCAAUUCAACCGCUCUCAACACUUUCACUCCAUCUAAUACCUAAUCCUUGCGAAUCGAAGAUACAGACACAAUGACCACCCCCGCUCCAGCCGUCCCCAGCCGCACCCUGCAAGCCUCCGCGCUGUCUUUCAUCGCCCUGUCCAUCGGCCAUACGCUAGGAGGCAAACAAUGGACCGCCGACCCGGCCUACACGAUCAUCAGCAACUCCAAGCCCUGGGCGCUGGGCAUUGUCGGCUGGUUCCAGGGAAGCGCCUUCUUCUUCACGACGGGCCUCCUGCACUACCAAUGGGCCCGCAACCCCCUCGCCCUCCGCGACCCGACUAACAAGGCGAUCGCGCUGAUCACUAACGCCAUGCUCUGGGCUAGCUCGGCGUGGUAUCUCCGGCAUGGUAUCAAGGAAAAUGCGGUGGUUGUGGGGAUGGGGGCGGUGUUGCAGGGUGUUGCGGUUUUGAGGAGUUGGUUUUGA